UCCCGUCGUCCACCGGGGCGCCGGCCACUCACCCGGAAGGAGAAGCCGAUACGGGCUGCAUGGUGGCGCGCCGGCGGUGUUGUGGGGAGUGCGAGCUGCUCUUAGGUUUUUUCCUCCAAUGGGCUUUUGGUGUAGGAUGUUGGAGAACCAAGAGCAGGAGGAGGUGAUCACUGUGCGUGUUCAGGACCCCCGUGUGCAGAAUGAGGGCUCCUGGAAUUCUUACGUGGAUUAUAAGAUAUUCCUCCAUACCAACAGCAAGGCAUUUACCGCCAAAACGUCCUGUGUACGUCGCCGGUACCGUGAGUUCGUGUGGCUGAGAAAGCAGCUACAGAGAAAUGCUGGUUUAGUUCCUGUUCCUGAGCUUCCUGGGAAGUCAACCUUCUUUGGCAGCUCAGAUGAGUUCAUUGAGAAGCGACGACAGGGUCUGCAACACUUCCUCGAAAAGGUCCUGCAGAGUGUGGUCCUCCUGUCAGACAGCCAGUUACACCUCUUCCUGCAAAGCCAGCUCUCGGUGCCUGAGAUCGAAGCCUGUGUGGAGGGCCGAAGCCCCGUGACUGUUUCUGAUGCCAUUCUUCGAUAUGCUGUGUCAAACUGCGGCUGGGUCCAGGAGGAGAGACAGGGUUCUUCUCACCUGGCCAAGGGAGACCAGCCGAAGAGUUGCUGCUUUCUUACAAGAUCAGGCAGGAGGCGCUCUCCCUCACCACCUCCUGGGCAAGAAAAGGACCACUUUGAGGUGUGGGCUCCUGUUGUUGACUCUGAGGCACCUUCCUUGGAAAGCUCCCUUCUGCCACCACCCUCCCCACCAUCAAGCUGUGGUUUUACAAGACCUGAUGAGGGAACCUCUCCUCAGCCUGUGAGGAGGGCCGUGGGAAGGGACCAUGCUGUGCCUUUGGACCCUGGUCAAUUAGAAACAGUUUUGGAAAAGUGACUUUGAACUCUGGGUUCUGUUCUCAGGUGGACAGAAGAUGCAGGCAAGGAGACUUGCUCGGGUGGCCUUGGGCACAGGGCAGGUGUUGGGGAUGCUGGGCAGCUUAGUGUCUUACAGUUGCCUUUGCUUGGGGUGGUUACACAUAGGGUGGUCAUGACAUCUCCUCAAGCUUCUUCCAUAGGAAUAAACACUGUGCAGAUGUUCCUAAGUUAAGCUUAAGGUCCAGGGCUGUUGGUUUUGACCAGAACCCCAAUUUUGCUCUCCUGGGAGCUGAGUUUCUUCAGAUGUUUGCUGAGCAGCCCAGGAGUACUGCCUCAGGUAACUGGUUUUGGGGACCUGAAAGUGGCAGAUUUUAAGUUGCCAAAUUGAGUAUUGUCCCAACAGAAACGCUUAAUGUAGAAGUAGUCCCACCGGCUGUCUUUGCUGCAGCCCCUGGAGCACCUUGUUUCUGGGAGGCUGGCCUCUUGCCUACCUCCUUGCAUGGAGAGGGUGGUGAUUAUAUUUAUUCUUCCACCACCUUGCUUUACCUCCACUAAUACCACUGAAUGGAAUGGUGCUAUGACUCCUGUCUUUGGGGUUUCCUGCAUAUCCCAAGACCUCAGCCUGGCUGGGACCCGAGACCCCCAAAAUAGUUCCUAGCCGUCCGUGAAACAGAGGUGGAUGAUCAGAGCUAGAGAAAAGGCAGUAGUAGCUCAGGGGGUUUUGUUUUGGAAUAGGCUGUCCUGGGCUGUCACCGUCUCUUUCUGGUUAUAAAGCGGAGAUGUGACUAUGUUUUCUGCAGUGUUAGUGUGGGCUCCUUUCUUUUUUGAAUCCCUUUCUUGUCCCUUAGUAACAGCUCCCUGCCCCCAGGGCUUCAGCCACCACAGUGUCCCUCUGCUGUGUUGCAGGGAGGCUGUAUGUUUAGUCCAAUGGGGCACAAAGGCUUUGUUUGUGCCUGGAGAGAGGGCUCUGGGGAUGGAGAUGAGGAACAACACGCCUUCCUUCAGACAAUAAGGCAUUCCGCCCUCCUGCUGCCAUAAUUCCCCUCCGCUGAGAGUUGGAGUGGUAGGAGAUGAGUGCUGCUGGCAUGCUGCAUCGCCUGCCCCUUAGGUUUGUAUGUGGUGGUUCUCGCCCACGCCUCCCUCCUCUGGCCACCCCAACCUGUCUAUGGGCUCUUUUACUACCAGCCUCUGCUGUGGGACUGUCAUGGCAUUUAGUUCAGAGUUGAGGGGCUUUGGCCUGAAAUAAAAUUCAAGUAUUUAAGACUGUGGCUGCAAUUGGUGUCUAACAAGCUGUAGCCGAGAAGGAGGGAGUGAGGGCUGGCAGUAGUUACUUUCAUAAAUCAUGAAUUUAUCAGCGUGGAAAUAAUGGUACAGAACUGUGCACCGCAGCUCUCCUGCAUUGUGUGUGCAGCUCAGGUUCACUCCUGGAGGAAGGGUUGUUUUCCAAAGAGCCAGCACCCGGCUCUCAGUUGCGGGCAUGAACCUUGUUAGGUAUAAUUUACCUGAUGUUGCUUCCACCCUUGCAGCCUGUCUGAGGCGCCAGGUGCUGAAAGAGAAAUAAAGUUUGUCAACAGGCAGAUGCAAAGCCCUGGCUGGGACUCAUCCCUCUUUCCUGCCUGCCUCCCCUGAGUUUCUCCUUUAUAUGAUGUAGCAGAUCAAGGCAAGGGUAGAAAACCUACAGAGGCAAAUCCAAACUGUCAAAAGAAGUUCAUUUGAAAGGGGAAAAAACUCCAUACACAACCCUCACAAAAACCGACAGAUGCUAAGAUAAUGGCAUCCGCUUUGCCGAUUGGUGGGGAUGACUCAUGAAUAUUAAUGAGUCCAAUGCUCCAAAUGGUGCAGCUGUGAACCCAGCUGUGCCUGAAGCUCUCUGAUCUCGAAACUUCCAGACAGGAGCCGGAGGUGGUCUGUGUCAAUUCCCUACUCAGCCAAAAAAACAGCAAGCUGGGUUGGCCUUCUUCUGUUCGUUCCUUUCUUCCUGGAGUUGGUGCUCAGCAGCUAGUUCUGCCAGCAGGGUAGGCUGCUGGGACAGCAGGAGCCAUUCAAAGACACGGAUGCAAUUUUUCUGACUCCUGGCUUUUUUAAUGAUCUAUUAACAGCAAUGCAUACAACAGCAGCUCAGUUAAUCGAAGGCCAGGCACUGUCCUCCCUUAUGCAGAGUUGAGUGUAGGCCAUGGAAGGAGAAGUCCUAAAAAGCAGAGUGUUUCUAAUAAUAGGGCCUGAAGUUACCAGAAAAACAGCAAAGAUGGAUUUUCCUUCAUCCAGGUGGUGUCGUUUGCCUCAUGUUUUGCUCUGUCGCUGUGUGUUCAGGGCUAGCCGCUGUGGGGGAUGACUGCCAUAUGAAGAUGGGGAGCUCCUGGGGAAGGGGGAGGCCUGCUGAGCUGUUGUGUAGAAUGCAAGCAUUUUUGUUAGAAUUUAGGUUUGAGGUCGGUUCUGUGCCUGAUGUCAACUUCUGACAGUAACUUUGGGGCCCAAGUCUAGUCAUUUUGCUUGGGAUACGUGAUCCCAAGCUUACGGGUUUCAUUGUUUGGUGGAGGGAUGUGUAUGGGUGGAGGAGGAGGUGGGUUUUCCUUGCAUGAAAAGUCUUCUAUGCAUCCUUUUAUUUGCCUUCACUGCCUAGUGAGGAGAGUAGGCAAGUAUGACACUCAUUUUUGGGCUGAGGAAACAGCUGAGCUGAUUAUGGGUCUUAAAAAAUAUGUUUUUAGAUGACAGUAGAAUAUAUUCACGAGAGAUCCUUUCCAAGCUCUAUAAGGCAGGGUUUAUUUUUCCCCGCAAAAAAACUUUUUAAAAAAAAAGCUAACCUAAACCUACCACUGCUCAAAUAAAAGAAAAGAAAUAUCUCCUUGCAGAGCUUUUUGGAGUUCUCAGAAAUUGGAGCUCCUUCAGAGUCCUCAGUUUUCUGACUGCUGAGGUCCUAGAUCCACACCACCAAGUGCUGGACACCUUGUACUCUUUGGUAGCUUUGCUUGGAGGUGAUCAUGACUUCUUAAAAAUCUGAUUGGACCUUAUGUUAGCUCCAUGUCUGAAUCUGUUUAUGUCUCAGCUCUUGCUGAGUAUUCUUAACACCGUAGGAGUGGGGAGGAUAGUGGGCUGGGAGGAUGUGAGGUAGGGUUGGAGGUAGAAACAGAAAUGGACCAGCUCCCAACCUACCUCACAGAGGCGGCAGUAGCAGUCAGUUGGGCUAGAGUGGCAUCUGGAUGUAUGUGGUAGCAGCCAGCUGACACACGGCUAAAGCCAAGCAGAUAACCACUGCAGCGUGAGAUAGUGAUUUUCUCAGUGAAAUCCGGGCACUGAUCCUAAGCCAUCCCUCCCAGGUAGCCCUCUGCCAGCAGGGACUUGGCUCAGGAGAGGGCAUGUUGUCUGGCUCAAGGUAACCUUUCUUUGAACUGGAUGAGCGUCCCCCUUCCUGAUCUCGCCACUGUACCUUCUUUCCUGAGGGUCCCCCCAACCCACUUGGGAAGCCUGCACGCAUUUUCUUCUCAUUCACUCCCUGCCCCAGCUCUUCUCUCUAAAGAAAUUUCAGGAAUUGCUACAAAGACCAGAUAUGCGUUUGGCUUAGCAUCAGGCACCAGCAGUCAGUCCUAGCAUCUUACUAGAGAAAUAACUUCUUGGGGAAAACCAGUUCCAUCUUAGUAAUGGCUAGAUUUGAAGUUGAAAAGCUGGAACCUCAAGAUAAAAUAAACAUACACCACUGAUGCUGAAAAGGGUAAUGAGCCACACUUUUGAGGAGAUAGAUUGUUCCUGACUCAGUGAGCAAGUAAAUAAUUUUCCCUCCCAUUCAGGGGCAACCUGAUCCUCUUCCACAAGCAAAGGAGUAAAACAUGGGGAACUUAUAUAGUGAAAGGGGCAUGAAUAUAAGUAGGGAAAGAUAGUAAAGCUGGAGUGUGAGAAUUAAGACACUACCUGAAAGUCUAAAGUUUUUUCGCCCUGGAAGGGUCGAAACAUGGGAUGCUUCUGUAAUCUUUGCAUUAUGGGAAGCCACCAGCCAAAAUGUUUCAUCUGUGGCUAUCAGGUCCCUCCUUCCCAUCCUUCAGCCAAGCACUUUUUCCUUCAUACCAUCUGUUUCAAAGGGGCUAGUUAGUUUAGAUGCUUCCAUCACCGCUCUGGCCCUGUGUGUGUCCCUUCGCCUGGUGGCCAUGUUGGUGUGGGAAGCCAGGCCUGCCACCAUCCUGACCAGAGUCCUUCCAGCAGAAGGCCCAGAAUAGUGAGAGCCCAAAGCGGUUUGUUAGAGGCAGUGCAACCUGCCUGCUAUAAGCUACGAGACUUAGAUAUAUUCUACCAAUUAGGGCACAUCUGUUCGAAAUGCUGAAAGUCAGGCAUGUCUCUUUAAGAGCCAUCCCACUCCUCUCUUUGAGUGAUGAGGGCUGGGAGCACGAGGGAGUCAGAUGCUGAUCAAACAGUCCUACUGCCCAGCUCUGUUAGAAAAUUACUGUAAUUAUGAUCUAGUCCCAGCAGAGGGAUGAGUUCCAAUCCUGCUAAUAACCCUUCCAGGUGCGUCAGAUUCAGGGCCCAUGGGAGGCAGCGCUGACGGGGCUCUGGCUGGCACCACAGCCAGCGAUGGCCCUCCUGUCUGUCCUGUGGAGGCAAAGACGAGACAGGCCCUGGACCCCUCAUCCCCUCUUGGCCUCCUGAGAAGGCAGUGAGUUUGGGUUGUGUUUUAUUUUUUGGUUCUUGAUUGAGCUCCUUGAAGUCCCCUCAGCUAACAUGAAGUACCAGGAAAAUCACAGCCAUGAGAUGACAGUCUGUCCUUACUCUCUCUGCUUUUGCAUGGGGACUGCUGUCAGCACUGCAUCAGCCCCCCCGCCACCCCCGUGCAAAGCAGAGGGAAUCCGAGUGGUCCCCUUUCAGCUGCCACUGUCUUUGGCCUCAUGUUUCUAUGAUCCUGUGUUGCUCGCUGGGUAGUACACAGCGUUUCACUCUGUCCUCAUCUAGAAUUUCAGGGCUCCCCUUUUAGAUUUCUGGCACAGAAAAGGGGAACAGGGAUAGCAGUCAAUAGCUCUAGACAUGAGACUCACUGUAAUGCAGCUCUCGCAUUCGGCAAGUGUGGGCUUAUUCAUAUGAAAACAUUUUUGUAGUGCAAAUCUGCAGUAGUGCAGCAAACAGUUCUCAAAGGUGUUGUGGAGCAUAGGCGCUGGCUUGCUGGUUCUUGAGGAAUUAGGGUAUUUAUGCUCUGUCUUCCCAACCUAGCUGUAAGCUUCCUGUCACUGUAAUCCAGUGGCUAAAGCACAAACUUCCAGAAGGCAGGGCAGUUUCUCUGUGUUUGGCCCUACGCACACCCAAAUGCCCUGAGACAGUGGUUCUCAGCCAGGAGGAUUUUGUUCCCAGUAGACAUUUGGCAGUGUCUGGCGCCAUUUUUGGUUGUUGGAACCAAAAUCCCGGAGAUGGGGGGUGGAGUACUGUUGACAUCUUGUGGGUAGAGACCAGGGAGGCUGCCGAACACCUACAGUGCCCCCAGCAACGGAAUCAGGUGGGCCCCAAAUGUCAGUAGUGCCAGAAGGAAACCCUGCACUAAUGGACUGAAGUCACAAGUGCCGAGUUCUGCUCCCUUCAGCUUCCGCUGCCCCCCUGCUGAGGUGUUGAAGAAGUGAUCUCACAUACCUAGGUGCUGGGCAUGUUCCCAGAGGUGGGUCAUAUUAAUGACAGGCCUGGUGGGGUGCCUACUGUGGGAGGCAUCCAGUAAAUGCAGGUGGUGCAUGUGCCCACCUUGGUGAUUGCAGGCAGAGCAAUGUUGGAGUGUCUGACCGUGGGUGAAAGGGAAGGGUUAGUAGCCUGUUUUCUCUUCCAAAAUCAGAUGUGGGAGGAUAAAAGGCAGCCAGCUGCUCAGCUUCAGGUUAAGAGCGUCUACAGUAGAACCAGAUGCCCUCUUUGAGGGCCAACACUAGAAGCCUCUUGAAACUCACUCCUGUUACAGGAGGCAAGGAAGUGGCAUACUAUUGCCCAGUGCCACAAAAUGCUUCCUCAGUGGCACUCUGCCAGGUGGAGGGUGGCAGGCUGUAAUGGGGCCCCAGGAGGAAACUGAACACACACAGCUGCUGACAGCCAGCCAGCCCCACAAGCAACGUGAUGCCAGAGACACCAGGCCUCUCAGAACAGCCUGGGCACCAGGAAAAGAAAGUCUGUUGGCAGGGCUUACCUAGGCACCAGGCCUGCAGGGGAGAGGACUUCAUUAGAAGGGAUGAUGCCAAGUGUUGUACCAGGAGAGCCAGGUAAUCUCUCUCUUCCCACCCACUCCCCUGGUGACUGGGAGUCAUCCAUUUUGCCUUAUUUUUAGGGUGACCACUUAUCCUGGUUUACACCUGUGGUCUUGGCAUCAUUAUUAAUAGCUGCAUUCAGUCUCCAAAGUAUCUCCGUUUUGGAGAAUAAAUUACAGUCACCUAUUGUACCAUGUAGUUUUCUAAUAUAAUAGUUUCCUCCAAUACAGUAGUUUUGGGGGGCAUUAUAUUUGUAGAAUGUUUUUGUACAAAAUGGGUCACAUCUUAAAAUUUAUCAUUAAUUGGAUCCCAAAGAGUAGUAAAAGAAUGGUUGAUUCCCACCAAUGGGAAAAAAAUGUUUUAGAACAGUUUCUGAUAGGGAAAUAGGGAGAGUAAUUCAAAUCUGUUUAUUUGCAUUUUUCAAAUUACUACCCUAUCUCUAAAUUCUAAUGGGGAAUGGGAUUCUAACCGGCAGGAAGGAAGGGGGAGGAGCAAGGGGCUAUGGUUAUCCACAAUUAGCUUGAGUCACUGGGCUGUGUAGCAGAGAUAAUCCACGGAGUACAUGGCUGCUUUUUCCAAAGUCAGCUCUGCAGAUUUUGCUGGUGCUCUGGGAAUUAGCAAAUCAGCGCUAGUCGAGAUUUAUCUUUCCAGAGCUGCUCCUGGUUGGGGAGAUUUGCAGAGAGGGUUGUUUCUUUCAGCCUGUGUCCCUGGCAUCUGAGAGUCUUGUUCUUAAAAUGCAAAAAAAAAAAAACCACACACUUUGGUUUCUGCCUUUCUUUUCGCUCGCUUGCUUCUCUUCAACUCCAUCUUUCUCAGACUGGUUUUUAAAGGCAGGAGUGUUUCCCCCUCCCCCUGCACUCGUGUUAUCUUGCUCUUUGAUCCCGCUGCUCUAUUGUGACGCAAGUGACUGGCAUGAAGUGUGGAUUUUGAAAAUGUGUCACUGGAGGUGUCCAACUGCUGUUGAACUUGAGUGAUUCAAUAAACAAAGCAGCAGACUGAGAA